GUGGUUCCCCCUUCCCCGUCUGUAGCAGGAGCACCUUCCCGCCUAAGACCGAAGCGGGACAAAGAAAGUUUCUUUGGCGCUAAAGGCGGAGAGACCAGCAAGCUACUGCGCGGCCGGCCUUUCCCUGCUCGCGCCCGUCUCUGGGCUCCUCUCAAGAAGAAAGGGGCUGAGAGGUUGCGGGCAAACAGCAUAAGAAUGGCUGGAGGGGAGAGAAGCGGCGGGGGCUCUGCUGAGGUGGUCGAGUGCCGGGAACAUCUUUUCAAGAUCCUGGUCAUCGGUGAGCUGGGCGUGGGCAAGACGAGUAUCAUCAAGCGCUACGUCCACCAGCUCUUUUCCCAGCACUAUCGGGCCACUAUUGGCGUAGACUUCGCCCUCAAAGUCCUCAACUGGGAUAGCAAGACCCUUGUGCGGCUGCAGCUCUGGGAUAUCGCAGGUCAAGAACGUUUUGGCAAUAUGACCAGAGUGUACUAUAAAGAAGCUGUAGGUGCUCUUGUUGUCUUUGAUGUUACAAGAGGCUCGACAUUUGAUGCAGUUUCCAAGUGGAAGCAUGAUUUGGACAGUAAAGUGCUUCUUCCAAAUGGUAGCCCCAUCCCUGCAGUUCUCCUUGCCAACAAAUGUGACCAGAAAAAAGAUGGUGGCCAGAAUUCUUCAUCAAUGGAUCAGUUCUGCAAAGAUGGAGGCUUUGCUGGGUGGUUUGAAACUUCUGCAAAGGACAAUAUCAACAUUGAUGAAGCCACUCGGUUCUUGGUGGAAAACAUCCUUGCAAACCUCAAAACCUUCCCUGGUGAAGAAAACGAUGUAGGAAAAAUAAAACUGGACACAGAUCCAAUGAAAGCAGAAAGUAAAUCUCAGUGCUGUUAAUGUGACUUUAAUGUGUCAUUGGCAUACAAUGAACGCAGCUCCUCUCAUCUGGUUGCUGCUACGGUGCUGAAUCACAACAAUCCUAGUGGGAUAAUGGUCACACUCCAGGGUGUUUACACACUUUUUUUCUUGUCAAAUAGGACUUCAAAUUAUUGUAUGUUCUAGUUUUGGUUAUGAACCAGAGCUAUCUAGUACAAUCAAAAGAUGGUCACAGAUAAAGGUGGGGUAAUUAUUCAUCAAGGAAUAGUCUACAAGUGUUGGUAUGAGAGACUCAGCCCUGAUAUUUUGUUCUCUGCAGUGCAGUUUCAGAACAGGAAUUUAGGACUGAAUGAAAGUGUUUAUUCUGAAAAGCAUUUUAUCGACCCUUUAAUAGAUGUAACAAUCUACUAUGCUGGCAUUUGUCUGCCUUUCCUAUUCAAUACCUUCUUUAUUUGGUGCCAAGACAACAAAACUAAUAUCCUUUGGCUGUUAAGCAUUUAAAUUCACAAUUUCUGAAUAUCAUAGUAUUGAUAUUCAAUCGCACGUAUUCCUGAUUUAUGAUCUACUUAAACUGUGAAAAAGAACCAAUUCUUUGGAAAGAAGAUAAAGCUGGUGAAACGGAGUAUUGUCAGUGUUUCCCAUCAGAUAAUGUUACUAACUCCACUCUGACUUCUGCAAGUAUCCUAAAAAACUUAAAUGUUUCUUCAUCUGAAGAAGUCAUAGUCUGCACAUCUAACCUGUUAAGGGCCAUCCAACUAUUAACUGUACAAGUAUAAUCUUUGGCUAAAUACUUAUGGUGGGCUGGAGUGAAUAACGGCAUUGAUUAAACUGUUGUAGAAACUAGAGGGAAACACAGAAAGCUGUUUCUGGUCUUGAAAUUUGCAGAUAUUGGUAUUAAUACAGCCCUUCUUAAUCAUGCUGCUUUUGUUCUCACUGCUUUUAACUAUUUUUAACCCAAGGAUUUUGACUUAAUAAGGGUGUUAUAUUUCAUGUGCUAGUAUAACUUGCAAAUCUGUAUGUAAUCCAAAAUGCUGUAAAAAUAGGGAAAUGAUGUGGAGUAUCAGUCUUGGUCCUGAAUAUGUUCUGUUGAUUACUGCUGUUGAUAAUGUUUGACUAUUGGGGUUAUGACUUCUGCAGAGAGAAAAACAAAACUAGACUCUCAUUGUAUGUUACAGCCUAAACUCCUUGGAAUGCUAAGUUGUCCUCAGCUCUUGGUCUGCCAUAGUAAGCAAGCGUCCACGAAUUCUAUAGUACUUUCUUUUGGCCUAACAUUCUUAAGGCUUAAACUAGUUCACAAAUCUUUGUUAUGUGUCCAAAAUUAGAUUUAUUAAAGUUUCUGAUGUCAGAAGUAUGUUUUUAUAGUGCAUGUGCACAGAUCUAGUGUUUUUAUAAGGUACAUUCAGGCACUUUGUCACUUGAAAAUAGAUUCAACAAGCAUCCCCUUUAUGGUUUUUUCCCUAACCUGUGCUAAUCUUGUUGAAAUUGUAAACACUUCUACCCUAAGUUUCUUAACUGUUCCAGAAUUUGUCAACUCAGAUAUUCUGAAUGUUUUUAGAACACUUUGGAUCCAGAUUCUGAACUGAGCACAGGUGACUUUUGUGUUGGUUUUUAAAAAUGAAUUUAUCUCUUUCAGAAAGGAAAGAAAAAUAAAUGAGAUUGAAUAUA